AGCCGUUCUCGUCCUUCACAGCGAGUUCGGUCCUCUCGAUAACUGCGGAGACAACAGAACCGAAGAGACUUGUUUAUCAGCUGUGACGGCGAACGUGCCUUCUCAAAUUAUUGUUUUCUUUUUCCUACUUAUUUCCCUCUUUCGUCGACACGCUCCUUUCACACAAACGCGUACAAUAGAUACGUUUGCGGCUACGCUACAACGGGCAGCGCACAACAAUGCUGAAGAACGCGACGUCGUCCGCCUCCGAGGAUGAGGCAAUGGAGUACAUAACGCACAGCAGCGUCGCCUCGACGCCCCUCAGCGGCCUCGACACGAUCAUCCACUCUAUCAACAAACGCUACCAAGUGUAUCAGAAGCGACGGACGGCGAUCACGCCCUUCUGCACGCCGCCCGCGGAUGUCUUUCUCGCCGCCCCACCCACCCCACGUUCGAUUUUGGGCGACAGCAUCAUCGCGCCCGUCUCUUCGGGCGGCGGCAGCGGGGGCAGCGGCAACUUGUCGAAGCCGUCGACCUCGCAGCCGAUGCCCGACGCGCUCGCCGAAUCGAUCGUCGUCGCCCAUGCGCGCCCGGCCCCGUACUGGGAGGAGCGAGAGCUCUACAUCGUCGCAGAAGACCUGUGCUGUCACCUGAACGGCGGCGUCAACUACCGUCUGCUGUGUGAGCAGUACCAGCGUGCGCUGGAGGUGCUGCUGCGGUUGGUGAAGGAGGACGUCGCGUUGCUCGCGAGCAGUGCCGUCGAGGUGCUUCCCGGCGGGACAACCAAGGUGCUCGGAAAGCUGCAGGCGUUGCUGACGGAGUCGCGGAAGAUGCUGGCCGAGGCUGGGAUCAACGUGCCGCCGGUGCUGUCCGCCAUCCUCGAUCAGCUCCCCGCGGAAACGGACGAGCUCCCCUUCUCGGACACGCCGCCCGCCUUUCGCAGUCCACCCCCGGCAUCUCUGAUGGGGGUAAAUAAUAUCAGCAGCAGCACGUCCAACAUCAUCCCCGGCGGGGCCCCGGCGGGGGGGUCGCGCAGCCCUCAUGGGCGGCCGCUGUCGGCCCUGGUCCCCGCCCGCCGACAACCCUCCCCGAACACCACCAGCGCCAGCGAAGACCCCUGCAACGGACACGACGCCCCGCCACCGCCGCGUGGACCGUCUGGAGGUGGCAGCCGGCGGGCUCUGCCACCGCGGCCACGCUCCACUGUGUGCACGCCCGUCACGACGCACAUCCCCGUGCACCUCGCGUUAUCCGGCAACGCGGGGACGACGACGAUGACGACUGGCGCUGGCGGUGCCGGCACGCGUCGCAACACGCCGAGCAGCGCCAUCAUCGUCGCGCCGCCAGCGGACGGCGGCCAAGUCGUCUCCGCCGAUGCGGUGGACUACCCCGGCGGCACGCAGGAACGACGUAGCAGCAUUCUGCGAACCAGCCUGACGGGCAUGACCACCCCCACGUCGGCCUUGGCCACUGCUGCCGCCGCCCCCGCGACGCUGGCGGGCGCGUACGUGACGCGUCCGCCGAGUGACGGACCACCGUCCAGCGCCGCCACCGCCCGGCCUCCUUUAGCGAGGGGGGAAGCGAAGAAAGAAACCUCGAAGGACGGCGCCGCAAUGGCAGCCACAGCAGAGAAGGAUGACGAGAAGGAGGCGUCGCGCGCGGGCGGCUCUCCCACCCCUGGCGCCCCGCCCCUUGCGAUCUACGAUGUCGUAGCCGAGGACGGCCAUCACAGUCCACCGUCCAUCAGUCUUGAGCCAAAAGAGGGCUCCAGCAGCGCGGCGGAUCAGACGCCCCGGCUCCGUGGGCGCCUUCGCUUGCUGGAGGAGCUGUACGGCGAGCACUACGCGUUGGAUGGCAUGACGCUGCUGACGGACGCGCUCGGCGUUGUCUUUACACGCGAGUACGAUCAGGGAGCUGCGCAGCUGUGCCAGAACAGCUUCACCGCCUUUCAGGGCGACGUCAACGCGAAAGUUCUUCCAGCACUGAAGUCCUACGACGCCUUGCAGCUGCGCAUCACCGAGUUGACGCCGCUGCGCAGUGCCUACCUCGCCAGCUGCUUGCUGCGUCGUGUGCGACCGAAUGAUACGGUGUUGGAUCGGCUCAAGCGCAUCGAUCAGGAUCGAACGCCGGAGACGCUGCAGCUGGGCGGGUUGCACCUCGGCGAUCUUGGCACGGCAGCGGUGGUGGAGAGCGUCGUGCCACGUCUGUAUCGUCUACGCACCUUGAACCUCAGCGACAACAAUCUGCAUGACGGUGCGUUGGAGCCGCUGCUGCGCUCCAUCCGCUUCCACUGUGCGCUGGAGACAGUAGAUCUAUCCCGCAACCCCAUCACUGACGACGGCCUUCCUUUUCUGCUGCGCAUGGCGCAGACGGUGCCGAGGCUGUCCAGCGUGAUUCUGCAGAGCAGCGGCAUGACGCCCAUGGCAAAGAAGAUGGUCGAGACCGAGGUGGCGACACCCGGCACGUACACCGUGUCUACACCUCUGCUGCGGCGUGGGGCGCCGUCUCUCUCCCGCUCGACAGAGCUCUUUCACGGCCAAAGCGAAGGUGGGGCGGGCAUCAUACGACCUUUCUUGGCCGCGUCGGAGCCGCGGGCACCCCACCCGCCGACGACGCAUCGGCCGCCCUCCUCGCUGGACGGACCCAACCGAUGGUUGCCCAAGUCCACCGCACGGGCCGACUCGCUUCCGGUGAAGCUCGGGCACGGCCUACGGUAG